GGGAAAAACCGAAAAAGAAUCUUGAUGACGUGGCUCGAAGCAGGGGAACUGCCUGGCAGACUGCCACAGAAUCUCUGAAAUUCCAAAACCCUAAUAUUCUGGGCGCGUCGCGAGAAAGCCAAAAGGAAUAAAAAGAAAACAAAUUUUCUGUAAGGAUUGUUCGUCUUCUUUGUUCAUAUAUUCCGCAAUUAAAACAUCCCAAUCUCUUUGUCGCCACAUAUUCUCCAAUCCUUCAAUUCUGUGUAAGGAUGUCCACCGCGCCUGUAAAUCCCGCUUCCGUUUCUUCCUCAACUUCUGCAAGCGACGCGGAGACUCUCCGGCGAGGCCGUAUCCUCUCAAGCAAGCUCUACUUCGAUGUGCCUCUCACUAAGGUUCCAAUUAUUUACUCGUCGUCGUACGACAUUGCGUUUCUUGGCAUGGAAAAACUGCACCCAUUUGAUUCUUCUAAGUGGGGUCGCAUAUGCCGGUUCCUUAUCUUGGAUGGUGCUUUGGAGAAAAACCAUAUUGUUGAGCCUCUGGAAGCUUCAAAGGAUGAUCUCCUAGUGGUACAUUCAGAAUCAUACUUGAAUAGUCUGAAAACCAGUCUCAAUGUUGCUGUUAUAAUUGAGGUCCCCCCUGUUGCAUUACUGCCCAAUUGUCUUGUGCAGCAGAAAGUUCUUUAUCCAUUUCGCAAGCAGGUUGGGGGAACCAUUUUGGCUGCAAAGCUUGCAAAAGAGCGAGGAUGGGCCAUCAAUGUCGGUGGAGGGUUCCAUCACUGUUCUGCAGGAAAAGGUGGUGGAUUCUGUGCUUAUGCAGAUAUUUCUCUUUGCAUACACUAUGCCUUUAUCCGGUUGAAUAUUUCUAGGGUGAUGAUAAUUGAUCUUGAUGCACAUCAAGGAAAUGGCCAUGAAUUGGAUUUUUCCAAUGACAGACGAGUUUAUAUUCUGGAUAUGUACAACCCUGGGAUAUAUCCAUCUGAUUUUGAGGCAAGGAGAUAUAUUGAUCAGAAGGUUGAAGUAGUGAGUGGGACCACAACUAAUGAGUACCUGACAAAAUUAGAUGAAGCACUCAAGGUUGCUGGACGCAUGUUUGAUCCUGAGUUGGUGGUGUAUAAUGCUGGCACUGAUAUCCUAGAUGGAGAUCCACUGGGAAGGUUGAAGAUCAGUCCUGAAGGGGUAACUAGUAGAGAUGAGAAGGUUUUCAGAUUUGCUCGUGAGAAGAAAAUUCCUCUCAUCAUGCUCACAUCAGGUGGUUAUAUGAAAUCCAGUGCCAAAGUAAUAGCAGAUUCAAUAGUAAACCUGUCGAGGAAAUGCUUGAUAGACACUGGGAGUUCUCAUUCCCGGGGUUAAAAGUAAUACUAUUAUAUGUAGUAGUUAUUCUACAAAGUUCCAUGUUACUUCUUUACAAUAGCUUUCAUGAAAAUGUUUACUUACCAAUUAUUGCAAGGUUGGGGCACAGUUUCUUGGUUUUCUGUACAUAUGUUCAAAACGAGCGUGUAUUAGUCGAUCAUCAUCAUAUGUAAUACUGUAACUAUUUGUAUGACAAACCCUAUAAGAAAUAUUGAGGAGAAUGUAUAUUCAGAGCAGUUGUGUUUGGCAUGUAA